CUUUGUUCUGCCAUUGCGUCCAACAGCACGAGCUUGUUACGAAAACACCUGAACUGACAACUGCUAUUUUGAGCGUCCUUUAAUAUCUCGCGAACUGUCUGUUCUGUUGCACUGCUCUGGUAUCACUCUGCUCGUGCACGCAUUCCGUGGUGUUGGUCGUGGACGCGCUUUGUGAUGAGGCCGUGGAGGUGGGUUGAGUUUGCAGUGACUGUGACCAGAAGCAGAUCUCUCCUCCUCUCUCUGCCGGGGAAACACGUGCGGAGCAGCAGGCGGCACCACAGCACUCUCAUGGCUGAAGAGGCCAAAAAACUGGCAGCUUAUGCAGCUGUAGAUAACCACAUACAGAAUAAUCAGGUAGUUGGAGUAGGCAGUGGCUCAACUAUCGUCUAUGCUGUGGACAGGCUGGCUGAGAGGGUCAGACAGGAGAAGAUGAAUAUUGUGUGUGUUCCUACAUCUUUCCAGGCCCGUCAGCUGAUUCUGCAGCAUGGUCUCACUCUGUCUGAUUUAGACAGACAUCCUGAGCUGGAUGUAGCGAUUGAUGGAGCCGAUGAGGUUGAUGCUGCUUUGACGCUGAUAAAAGGAGGAGGAGGAUGCUUAACCCAGGAGAAGAUUGUGGCUGGCUGUGCCAAACACUUCAUUGUCAUCGCAGACUAUAGAAAGGACUCGAAGGCCCUGGGACAGCAGUGGAAGAAAGGUGUGCCCGUGGAGGUCAUUCCCAUGGCCUAUGUGCCUGUGUCCAGAGCCAUUGCCCGGCGCUUUGGAGGAGACGCUGUGCUGAGGAUGGCAGUCAGUAAAGCUGGUCCAGUGGUUACUGAUAACAGUAACUUCAUCCUGGAUUGGAAGUUUGAACACGCACAGAACUGGAAAGAGGUCAACACAGCCAUCAAGAUGAUCCCAGGUGUGGUUGAGACGGGUUUGUUUGUGGGGAUGGCUGAGCGGGUGUAUUUCGGUAUGGAGGACGGGAGUGUCAAGACUAGAGACCCUCCUGUCAACUGAAAAGAUAUUUCCUCUGCUCUUGCAGUAGACCAGCCUGCACACCUCAAGUGCCGUUCAAACACACUCUGCCAGCUCUUUCCCUACAUCUUCUGUUACAGAAACCAUCUGAUCGUCUGAUCAGUACCUCUGAUGAUACUUUGCACAUGGAAUAUGGAUUUUUACACAAUAAUCCAACAUUAGAUUCUCAGACCAUUCAGAUAUUUCAGUUUUUCCUCUCAUACCCUCUGUCUUAUGUUGGGCUGGAGUCUACAGUGACUGUCCAUAGUGUACAUCUACAGUGUCAGCUUGCCUUCUGUGCUUCUUUUAUGUAGCCGUGAAUGUUGUCUUACAUGGGGGUCUGUAAAAUGUAUGAAUACUGUGGCUUGCGUCUGUGCCUCCAUCAAUGUAUAUUUACACAAAGCAUAGUUGCUAGCCUCUCCAAUGCAUGCAGCUUUAAAGAAAAUCUCAAUCACACCCAAUUUCAUCAUUAGUAUAGUUUCUGUAUGAUUGUUUUGAUUCUGUUUUGUUGACUGAAUAUAACAAAUUUCCUCAGAUGCUUCUGAAACCUCAAGUGAAACUAGUGGCUUUUGCCAGCACGCAGCGGUCGGUUUAGUUCAGUGAUCAAUCAUUUCAGAGCAUUUUGCCUCUGGACAAAAAAAAAACAAAAAUCACUAUUUGAAGUUGUGAAAUGCCAGUUGGCUUUUGAUAUUGAUUUUGUUUAAUUUUUCGAUGUGCCUGUGGCCACGAACACAGUGUUGUCACAAGAUGAAAGCAGCAGUGAGUUGGUGGGACAGCUGAAAGCCUUAACUUCUGUACUUUUAUUGAUCUUCAGUUCUGUUCAUGAAAACUCUUCACAGAGGUCACUGUGAUUUUUAGGUAGGGUACUACUUCAAAUACCAGCUUGUUUUACUUUACCAAUUUUACUGUGAUACUGAGGUUUUCAAAUGUUGUGCUUCACACUGAAAAUCAAUAUUAAAACUGAACCAAUCAACUAUAAA